AGCAACAUCUCAACCGACCCGGUGCACCGGGGCAUGCAAGACGAACUAGCCCACUGACAAUCAAACUACGUACCCAACCGGCUAGUGGAGGAGAGCUCGAUCCUCGAGGACUUGUCAGCAGUGCAUCUGGAAUAUAAAAAAAGACAAUAUUAAACUUUAGACUAUCAACACCAAUGCAAUGCUGCUCCUCAGACACUGUCGAGGCCUAACCAGAGUAGGCCUUCUCAAGACUCAAAGGGUGCAGUUGUUGCAGGGUGCGGCCCUUCCUGUGGCAGUGUGUGCGGGCAGCCUCUGUGCACGCUGGGGCAGCAGUCAUGGGGGGCAUAAGUCAGGGCAGUACCAACGCAGCCAUGGCCCCAACUGGAGACACGCCCUAGCAGGGCUGCUGGCUGGGACAGGGGCUGUACUGGCCUAUGGCCUCUACCACAGCCAGACUGAGCAGGCAGCCACCACUAUAGUCCAGCCCAUAGCCCCAGCCUCCUCUCUACCCAUCUACACCCAGGACGAGGUCACCAAACACCGCUCUGUUGAGGAGGGCGUCUGGGUCACCUACAAGGGCAGUGUCUAUGACAUCACAGAGUUUGUGUCCAUGCACCCUGGUGGUGAUAAGAUCCUGCUAGCAGCAGGUGGGGCUCUGGAGCCCUUCUGGGCACUGUAUGCCGUUCACAGCCAAGAUCACGUGCUGGAGAUCCUGUCUGAGUAUAAGGUGGGUGAGCUGAGUGCGGAGGAUCGGCGGAAGCAACAAAGUGUGAAAUCCACGGACCCCUACUCUACCGACCCGGAGCGGCACCCUGCCCUGCGCAUCAACAGCCUCAAGCCCUUCAAUGCCGAGCCCCCACCCGAAAUCCUCUCCGACAACUACAUCACCCCUUCAGCCAUCUUCUUUAAGAGGAACCACCUGCCUGUGCCACAAGUGGACCCGAAAUCCUACCUGUUGCAGGUGGAGGGUGUGCCUGGUGGAGCAUCUCUGAGCCUCUCUCUGGAGGAGCUGAAGACACGCUUCCCCAAACACACAGUCACGGCCACGCUGCAGUGUGCUGGCAACCGCCGCUCGGAGAUGAAUAAAGUCAAGCAGGUGAAGGGGCUCAAUUGGGGCAUCGCUGCGAUAAGUAAUGCUACGUGGAGCGGCGCCAGGCUGAAAGAUGUGCUGCUGGCAGCUGGCUACAGGUCAGAGGUGGCCCAGCAGACAUCCCACGUUCAAUUUGAAGGCCUUGACAGUGACGUGACCGGCACCACCUACGGAGCAUCUAUCCCGCUCAACAAGGCGGUAAGUGAAGAGGGCGACGUGCUGCUGGCUUACCAGAUGAAUGGCGAAGACCUACCUGCUGACCAUGGCUAUCCCGUACGGGUGGUGGUGCCGGGAACGGUGGGCGCCCGCAAUGUCAAGUGGCUGGGAAAGAUCAUAGUGAGUGAGGAGGAGAGCAGCAGCCACUGGCAGCAGAAUGACUACAAGGGCUUCUCCCCCGCCACUGACUGGGACACGGUGGACUUCAAGUCGGCCCCAGCCAUCCAGGAGCUGCCCAUCCAGUCGGCCAUCACCCAGCCAGUGGAGGGAGCUGUGGUGGAACGCAGCGCAGAGGAGGUGACGGUGAAGGGCUACGCUUGGAGCGGGGGCGGCCGGGAGGUGGUGCGUGUCGAUGUGUCUCUGGAUGGAGGGCGGACCUGGCAAGUGGCGCAGCUACAGAGCAGUGAGAAGGGGCAGGUCCCGGCCCCCUCGCCCCCACCCGGCAGAGCCUGGGCCUGGAAGCUGUGGGAGCUGACAGCCCCACUGCCCCCCGCGGUCCAGGAACUGGAGAUUGUGUGCAAGGCGGUGGACAACAGCUACAACAUGCAGCCAGACUCAGUGGCACCUAUCUGGAACCUGAGGGGAGUUUUGAGUAACGCCUGGCACAGGGUGAAAGUCACAGUCAAGGAGGAUGAGGAAAAGCAGAAACUGUUGUGAUCUAGGGGGUUGUGUUCAAGUCUUAGAGUGUAGAGGUAAACAGAUGAUGUUUUAACCUGCCCCUCUCCAGACAGACAGCGUGUAACAUGCUAAAGCUCUGGGGGAACUGAAACUAAAAACCCCUCUGUUGACUUGUUGCGCCGCAAAACAGCUGAUUCUGUUCAGUGGAGAUGGAAAAAAAAAAAUCGGCAUUCAUCUGUUUUGUAGCUAAUGUUGAGCGCUUAAAGAACAUUGUGGCCAGUUGGGUUAAAAAGAAUCCCAAACGUACCACAAAACAAGAUAACAGAAGCAAAUCUGUUGGUGUCAACAGUUGCUCAAGGACAAGCAAAAACACCUUGCCAGUGCUGUCCUUUUCAUAUCUUAAAAUCUAUUCAGUAACUUCUUUGGCUUUAAUGACAAGCUUGCUUCCAUUUCAUGAUUUUAUAAGGGUGUCAUUUGCUGGAUCCAGAGAAUAUUCAAAUUCUUUGAGUUGCAUUGUCUUAACCCAUAUUGAUUAUAGCAAUUGAUAAAUUGUCUAUUGUAUAACUAAUUAUUCAUUGUGUAAGAUCAAAAGCACUUUGAUCUUGUAAGUUUCAGCUAGUGUUAUCUGCUGCAUUAAGCAAGGUACUGCUUAAGCAAGGUACUGCUUUUUCACAAAAGAAAGUUCUCAGUUAUAUUUUUGAGAGAAAUUGUUUUGCACACAAUGUAUGCAUUUAAAUGAAUCAGCGAUACUGCUUUUGUCAAUUGUGAUAAAACAUAUUUUCUCCACCUAUCUGGUUACAUGCUACAUGAUUGAUUAGGAGCUUUAAAUGAAUAUGUAAUAAAUAACACUUUAAAAAAACAUAUUUAGAAAUAACACAUUAAUGUUAAAUAUUAAACUUACACUACAUAACCAAAAGUAUGUGGACACCUGCUCUUCAAACAUCUCAUUCCAAAACAAUGGGCAUUAAUAUGGAGUUGGUCCCCCCCUUUGCUAUAACAGCCUCCACUCUUCUGGGAAGGCUUUCCACUAGAUGUUGGAAAAUUGCUGCAGGGAUUUGCUUCCAUUCAGCCACAAGAGCAUUAGUGAGGCUGGGCACUGAUGUUGGGCGAUUAGGCCUGGCUCGCAGUCGACGUUCCAAUUCAUCCCAAAGGUGUUCGAUGGGGUUGAGGUCAGGGCUCGUGCAGGCCAUUUAAGUUCUUCCACAAAGACACUCUAAUGUACUUGUCCUUUUGCUCAGUUGUGUACCAGGGCCUCCCACUCUUCUUUCUAUUCUGGUUAGAGACUGUUUGCUGUUUAUGAAGGGAGUAGUACACAGCAUUGUACGCAAUCUUCAGUUUCUUGGCAAUUUCUCGCAUGGAUUAGCCUUCAUUUCUCAGAACAAGAAUAGACUGACGAGUUUCACAAGAAAGUUAUUUGUUUCUAGCCAUUUUGAGCCUGUAAUCGAACCCACAAAUGCUGAUGCUCCAGAUACUCAACUAGUUUAAAGAAGGCCAGUUUUAUUAUUCUUUAAUCAGAACAACAGUUGUCAGCUGUGCUAACAUAAUUGCAUAUAUAUCUUUUUUUUUUUACUUAUCUAUUUUUCUUAACUGCAUUGUUGGUUAAAGGCUUGUAAGUAAGCAUUUCACUGUAAGGUCUACCUGUUGUAUUUGGCGCAUGUGACAAAUAACAUUUGAUUUGAUUUGACUACACAGGAAUUGUGCUGGCAGAUCAAUAUCAUUAUUAUGUUUAUCAGAUACAGAACACUUGACCAGAAAUCUGCAUGUUUUUGCACAUGCUAUUUAUUUUUAUAGCAGGAUGAAUAAAUACAGGAAUUAAGCAAAUCAAUAAAUGUUUUUGCAUGGGG